AGCGGCGUCCUGACGAAGGCCAUGGUUGCUUGUUAUCCAGGCAAUGGAACGGGUUAUGUACGUCAUGUUGAUAAUCCAAAUGGAGAUGGAAGAUGUGUGACGUGUAUAUAUUAUCUUAAUAAAGACUGGGAUGCCAAGGUAAGUGGAGGUAUACUUCGAAUUUUUCCAGAAGGCAAAGCCCAGUUUGCUGACAUUGAACCCAAAUUUGAUAGACUGCUGUUUUUCUGGUCUGACCGUCGCAACCCUCAUGAAGUACAACCAGCAUAUUCUACAAGGUACGCAAUAACUGUUUGGUAUUUUGAUGCAGAUGAGAGAGCACGAGCUAAAGUAAAAUAUCUAACAGGUGAAAAAGGUGUGAGGGUUGAACUCAAUAAGCCUUCUGAUUCCAUCAGUAAAGACGUCUUAUAGAGCCUUUGAUCCAGCAAUACCCCACUUCACCUACAAUAAUUGCAAGCUCUUUGUUAACUUGUGAAUACGAAUAAAUGGGAUAAAGAAAAAUAGACAACCAGUUGGCAUUUUUAUAAGGAAACAAACAACUUUGUCAUGUUGCAUCAGAAAGAAGAUUUUGACUGUGUGACUUUGUACUGCAUGAUUGACUCCAAACCUGUGAUUGCUCAUGGGAAGAAUAUAAGCUACCAGCAGAAAAUGGGGUUGACAUCUGGACAUGAAAUAAGUGCCCUAGGUAGAAGUUUUUCAUUCUUAUAUUUUGCCAGAUCUGUCAUCUAGAUGAGUUCAUUUCAUCUCUCCCUUUUUUAUAUAGUAAGUUUGAAUUUGAAGUAAUUUUUGUAUGAUCAGGUACAAUACAUCAAAACUGAAUUGACAAAAAAUUACAGUAUUACUCCCCCAAAUAGCAUCAAUCUAUUUUUGUAAACUUCUUCGUACUAUUAAAUUUUGCCCUAAAAAAGACCUCUUAUCAUGAUUGUUGCCAGUGACUGAUGAUUACUUUCAUUUCCUUUUUACUUACCAUAAGAAAAGGAGCACUUUAAUCGCCAACUUAAAACUCAGAUUGUUUUGUAGUCCUGUCUUUUACACUAAUUUGAGCUCUUAAAGAUUGCUGCUGUCCUGUUUUUGACAUUGUUCAUAACAAAACAUUAACAGUAAAACCAUCACCGUUUACUACCAGUAACUUUUGGUUCAUGUUUUAUAAGAAAAAAAUACCCAGGUUUUAUUCUUUUAAGUUAGUAUUUUUAAAAGACUAAAGUGACUGGCACUAAAUGAACUUGAGUUUGUCCUCAGCAUCAAGUUCCCAAGACAAAGGGCUCUCUCAUGCUUUCAGGUAUAUCCUGUAGAUGUAGAAGGUGACAACGUCCCCUUCCUAAGACUUUUCCUUUUGCUUCCUGUCAAGUUGAUCGUACUUCCAAUUUUGCUGUUACGUUUUCUUCCUACUCCUGUGACGCACGUGGUCUGCAGUGGAGAACCUGGCUUCUGUUGGCUAGCUUCAGGGGGAGACUGAGCGCUGGGGCUGAGCCGCGUUAGUAUAGACCGAAUGUUAGCGAAUCCUCGGAGCCGAGCCAGGGCAGGCAUUCCUCAGGCGCGAUGCUCACCUCUUUGUCAGUACUGAAAGCUGGAUGUUUAGCUUAAAAAUACAAAAGAAGCGGAAAACCAGGUAGCUUUAUUAUUCUAUUCUGUUUUGUGACUUUUCUUUUACUUUUCAGAAAAAAGAGGGACUAUUACAUUAUCACACAAGGCCUCCCAGACUUCUGUUUUUUGAUGUAUGAACUGGGAAGGAUGUCUAGGACUUUGUUUUCCUGGGCUGACCUCUAGCAGAGCCCAAAGGGUGGUAUCCAUGUUUAGCAUGAAUUAUGGGUCUAGACCUUGCCCACUUCAGUUUUCUGUCUCUGUCCUUGAUCUUUGCCAAAAUGUGUGUACAGAAAUACUUCUGUAUAUUUCAACUCAUGACAGUUUUAGCAUCUGUAUAGUUCGUAUUCAAUUAGAGACCUUUUCUAUGGAAAGCUCAGUAAUUUUUAUUAAAAGAUUGCUAUUGUUCAUGUAAAACAUGAAAAAAAAAAUUGUUUAGUGAAACCGACAGCGUGGACUUAGGGCGGGAUGAAAGAUUCAGUAUCGUGAACUCACUUAGGAGAACUUGCGGGAGAAAAUUCGAGUUUAUUGUUGUCUUUCCUGCCCGUGCUCGGUUUUGUUCUCCUUCCUCUUCUGUGUUCCAGACAAUGCAAUGUAAACCUCUCUCUAGUCAGUGCCUCUGCCGGCCGGACCUGGGGAUGCAAGGUGUCUCUGCCCUCUGGUCUGCGGUGCGGCGUGCUGCGCUGGGCCCCCACUCAAAAGCGCUGUCGUUUUUAGGUCUAGUAGAAGUUGUCUUCUGUUGGGGGGGUGCGGUUCGUGUGGUUGUCAAGGUGGGACUGCAACAGCCUUUCCUUCUGGGAACCCCUGUGUCAUUCACAUGUGUAUCUCUGCAGUUGUGCAAAGUGUCAGAUUCUACUGUCUGUGCGUGUGCUUUCCAGGCAGGUCUUAAAAUUUGUAUUUUUCAGAAAAUUGUAACAGAUUUCUUGGAGAUGAUUGUGAAAGGAUCAGGAAAUCCAGGAUAGCCAUUUCUUUAGUAUCCAUUUAAAAUCUGUUCGUUUCAUGUUAGUGGGACUGUUAACUUGUCACCAAGCAGGACUCUAUUUAAAACAAAAUUUAAAACUACUCGUGGCCUAUAUGUGUUUAAUCCUGGUUAAAGAUAAAGCUUCUAAUGCUGUUUUUCAUUCAACACAUUAACCAGCUGUAAAACACAGACCUUUAUCAACAGCAGGCAAAGAAUUUCAGGAUUCAUACACAGACGGUAAAGUCAUGUAAUUUGAAAAGCAGUGUUUCAUUAUGAAAGAGCUCUCAAGUUGCUUGUAAAGCUAAUCUAAUUAAAAAGAUGUAUAAAUGAUCUUGAAAAA